AUGGUGACAGUAUCACCAGCUACCCAGCAAAAAGAAUUGUCUCUGACUGUAGGGUGGAUUCUUCUUGAGGUGCAAGAUGUAAAUAAUGCUUCUCCAUUCGGCAAAGAUUCAACAAGAAAUGAGUUGGCUUUGGGAAAUGCUGUAAGUUCAUCAUUCUCAGAUAUUGAUGAUGGAUAUGAUGUUUACAGGUCAACAAAAGGAGAAAGGGGAGGUUUGGCAGGAUUGCAGAAUCUGGGAAAUACUUGCUUUAUGAACAGUGCCCUGCAAUGUUUAGUUCACACGCCUCCUCUUAUUGAGUAUUUCUUGCAAGAUUACAAAGAUGAGAUCAAUACUGAAAAUCCUUUGGGAAUGCAUGGUGGGCUUACAAUCGCCUUUGGUGAGCUGUUGAGGAAAUUAUGGUCCUCAGGGCGAACUACAAUUGCACCACGUGUUUUCAAGGGAAAAUUAGCUCGAUUUGCUCCCCAGUUCAGUGGCUAUAACCAGCAUGAUUCUCAAGGUAAAUGA